CGAACUCUACAUGCUGAAUUUAAUGAGCAGGCUAAUACGACCUUUCCAUUUCCCACCCUUUCUCUUUCUUUCUCUCUCUAGAAAAAAUAAUGUAAACUGAGAGAAACAGCAAUGCAGUUAUUCCAAAAUUUGGAUUGGCUCUCUAAUCUGCAAAUGCAAUGAAGAAACUCAUCCACCGACUCAUCCUAGCAACAAUCUUCACCGCCCACCUCACUUCUGCCGUCGAUUUCCUCUUCAACGGCUUCGAUGACUCCGCCGUUUCCUACUACGGCAACGCCACCCUCGACUCCCGCAUCCUCUCCCUCACCGGCGACGCUGGCUUCGAGAUCGGCCGCGCUCUCUACCCCUCCAAAAUCCCUACCAAAGACCCCAACACAUCGCUCGUCCUCCCCUUCUCCACCUCCUUCAUCUUCGCCAUGGCGCCCUUCGCCGGCCGCCUCGCCGGCCACGGCAUGGUCUUCCUGUUCGUCCCCUACGCCGGAAUUGACGACGGAAUCGAGUCGGCCUCCUCGCAGAAUUUAGGUUUCCUGAAUUUUUCCAACAACGGAGACCCCAACAAUCACGUAUUCGGAGUUGAAUUCGAUGUUUUCAGGAACCAGGAAUUCGACGACAUCAACGCUAACCACGUCGGAAUUGAUGUGAACUCGCUCACAUCGCUCAAUUCAAGUGAAGCGGGCUACUGGUCUGCGGGGAAUUCCUUCGAGCAGUUGGACCUCAAUAAUGGGAGAACGUAUCAAGUUUGGAUUGAUUAUACUGAUGGAGUCUUGAGCGUUACAAUGGCGCCUGUGGGUGUGACGAGGCCUCGGCAGCCAUUGUUGAAUGUUUCUAUUGAUCUUUCUCAGGUUCUCGAGGAUCAAAUGUAUGUUGGAUUCACUGCUUCGACCGGGAACAUGACUCAGAGCCACAAAAUUCUAGCUUGGAGUUAUAGCAAUACGAAUUUUUCAUUAAGUGAGGGGUUGAUAACGGCGGGAUUGCCGUCCUUUGAGCUGCCGGAGACGCCGUUUUAUAGAACUAGAGGUUUUAUUGCAGGUUUAACAGCAGGAGUUUUGAUUCUUGGUGUUGUAUGUUGUGCAAAUGUUUUCUUGUUUGUCAGAAAGAGUAGGAGAGAGAGACGAGAGAGAGAGGAAAUGGAGGAUUGGGAAAUGGAGUACUGGCCUCAUAGGCUUUCUUAUCAAGAAAUCGACUCUGCAACUAAAGGCUUUGCUGAUGAAAAUGUGAUUGGAAUUGGUGGGAAUGGCAAGGUUUACAGAGGGGUGCUGAAUGGAGGAUUAGAGGUUGCUGUGAAGCGAAUCUCCCAUGAAAACGCAGAGGGAAUGAGAGCAUUCCUGGCUGAGAUAUCGAGCCUUGGAAGAGUGAAGCACAGGAAUUUGGUGGGAUUGAGAGGAUGGUGCAAAAAGGAGAAAGGCAGCCUAAUCUUGGUGUAUGAUUUCAUGGAAAAUGGGAGUCUUGAUCAAAGGGUGUUUGAGUGCGAUGUGAGCAAGAUGCUAGGUUUCGAAAACAGAAUACGAGUCCUGAGGGAAGUGGCCUCAGGAAUCUUAUACCUGCACGAGGGGUGGGAGUCCAAGGUGCUGCAUAGGGACAUCAAGGCGAGCAACGUGCUGCUCGACAGGGACAUGAACGCGAGGCUAGGUGACUUCGGCCUGGCCAGAAUGCACGACCAUGACAAGGCUGCAGGGACCACACAGGUGGUGGGGACGAUAGGGUACCUAGCACCGGAGGUUGUGAAGACCGGGAGGGCAUCAACGCAGGCGGAUGUGUUUGGUUAUGGAGCCUUGAUCUUGGAAGUGAUGUGUGGGAGGAGGCCUAUUGAGGCAGGCAAGCCACCCUUGGUGGAUUGGGUUUGGGAGAUGUUUAGGAGAGGCGAGUUGGUGAACGUGGUGGAUGCUCGAUUGAGGGGAGAGGUGGAGGCGGAGGAGGCGGAGAGGGUAUUGCAGCUGGGGUUGGUGUGUGCUCAUCCAGAUAGCAAAGCAAGGCCUACAAUGAGGCAGGUGGUGAAGGUGUUUGAAGGGAGGAAUGAGGUUGAAGGUGAAGGAGAGGAUAUGAGUGUUUACCUCUUGGAGAAGAUGAGAAAUGGAGAGGUUUUCCCUAUGCAUUUGGGAAAUGGUUUUGGUUUGCAUCCAACUUUGGAUGAAAUUAGACAGGGGAUGUCUUCUACCAUGUCACUCUCUUGGAGUGAUAUUACUGUUGUAGAGGGUAGAUGAUGUUAUUUCUUUUUCUUUUUUAUUACUGUGAUAUAUUACUGUUUGUAGAUAAUUUCAUGGCCCAGAUUAGUUUUAUAGUAGAUGUUAGUGAGGGGUGAUAUUCGAUUACAUUCUUGUUGUAUCUAAUUAUCUAUCACGGUGUAUAUCAUUGAUUUAUUUAUUUA